GUCGGUGUGUGAUGGUGCGAGUGUGAGAAUGGAAGACGUGAGAUCAAUGGUUAUUAUGGCGCCUUCCAACCUUCACACCCGUAUCCGCCUGUGUCUUCAACUGCUGCUGCUGCUGCUUCAGCAACUGCUCAUCACGUCACUUCCACAGGCAUUGCCUCAGCUCAACCGCAAGCCUAGUGACACUGAUGCCCUCAUCAUCUUCCGGUACAGGGCAGACGCGCACGGUAAUCUGGAUGUGAACUGGAGCACACCCGACGCCUGUAAAGGUAGUUGGCGUGGCGUUCAGUGCUCAAGAGCUGGCAGAAUCAUCUCUCUCUCCCUCCCAUCUCUUGAUCUCCGGGGACCCCUUGACGCUCUCUCCCACCUUGACCAGCUUAGAUUGCUCGAUCUGCAUGACAACCGUCUCAACGGUACCCUCCUCACUCUCCUACCAUCCCUUCCAAACCUCAAGCACCUAUACCUUGCCCACAAUGAUCUUUCCGGCCCUAUACCUCCUUCAGUGGGUCUCCUCAAGCGCCUCCUCCGCCUCGACCUUUCAGACAAUGAUCUCUCUGGUCCUAUCCCCGCCAACAGCAUUGCCAACCUCACCCGCCUCGUCAGUCUGCGCCUCCAGAAUAAUUUGCUUUCUGGGCUUGUCCCCGACCUCUCCAAAGUGCUUCCACGCCUUGACGAAUUCAACGCCUCCAACAACGAGCUCUAUGGGAGGGUCCCUGAUGGCAUGCGCAACAAGUUUGGGCUGACAUCCCUCAAUGGCAAUGCCGGGCUCUGCGGGCCCAGUCCUCCUCUGCCACUCUGCUCCUUCAGACCACAGGAGCCACCUUCUUCCUCAUCAUCGCAGGCGGUGGUGCCCUCCAACCCCAGCUCCAUGCCUGAUUCUUCCACGGCUAACGGGGGGCAAGUAAGAGGUAGAGUAAUGGACAAAGAAGGAAGGAGGGAGGGAUUGAGCACCGGUACAAUCGUUGGGAUAGUUGUGGGGAAUGCGUUGUUCCUUCUGGUGGUGGUCUCCUUUUCAGUGGCUUAUUGCUGCUCCAGGAGGUUUGGUGGUGGCCGAGAUGAGGAUAAGAGGAGCAAUGGUGAAGGUCAUGACGGUGGUUCCCAUUACACGGAUGAGAGGGGCAAGGGAAACGGCAGGGACAGCGGAGAUAGUGGUGCGGCGCUGGCGACACAGACUAAGCUAGUGUUCUUCGAGGGCGACGAGGGCGACGAGGAGGAGGAGGAGACUGGAAGUGACGGAAGCAGGAGGAGAGGACGUCACCGGCGGUUCGAGCUAGAGGACUUGCUGCGCGCAUCGGCAGAGAUGGUGGGGAAAGGGACAUUAGGAACAGUGUACAGGGCGGUGCUGGAGGACGGGUGCAUGGUGGCAGUGAAGCGGCUCCGCGAUGCCAAUCCGUGUCCAAGAAAGGAGUUUGACAGCUACAUGGGCAUCAUCGGUCGGCUGCGGCACACCAACUUGGUCAACCUCCGUGCCUACUAUUACGCCAAGCAAGAGAAGCUGCUUAUCUACGACUAUCUGCCCAACGGCAGCUUGUACACUCUCCUUCACGGUAAUAUAUAUUCUGGCAGAUUACCAUUGGACUGGACUACAAGGAUUAGCCUGGUUUUGGGAGCUGCUCGUGGGCUCGCCUGUAUACAUAAGAGUAUGCAUCAUCCAAAAAUCCCCCACGGGAACGUUAAAUCAUCUAAUGUCCUCCUUGACAAGAACGGCAUGGCUUGCAUAUCUGACUUUGGCCUGGCUCUGCUUCUUAACCCAGCCCACACCACGUCUAGAUUGGGAGGUUACCGGGCGCCCGAGCAGGCUGAGAACAAGAGGUUGUCCCAAGAGGCGGACAUCUACGCGUUCGGGGUGUUGCUGUUAGAAGUGCUCACUGGGAGAGCCCCGCCACAGUAUCCUAGUCCUGUCACCAGCCGUGGCGGUAGCCUCAUUGCUACCAAUCUGCCAGAGUGGGUGAGGUCAGUAGUGCGGGAGGAGUGGACUGCCGAGGUGUUUGAUGUGGAGCUGAAGCGUUACAAGAACAUCGAAGGGGAGAUGGUGGCCAUGCUCCAAGUAGCACUAGCAUGCGUUUCCCAGCAGCCGGAUGCGAGGCCGGCCAUGUCAGAAGUGGUGAAGAUGAUCGAGGAAAUACGGGUGGAGCAGUCACCACUUGCCGAGGAUAUGGAUGAGCCUCGUGCAUCCCUCUCACCUUCUCUUGCCACCGCCACCACUACUGAAGAUGGCCGCCUCAGCUAUUGAGAUAUGUUGUUUAUCCAGGUCCCUUUUGCUCUUGCAUUCCAUCUUCUGGAGGAUCAAUGAGACCGCAUCAUGCUUGUGCUUGAAAAGGCAGCUAGCUUCUCCUGUUGCUUGCGUUUGCUCAACUAGUUAGCUUGUGUCCCCCCUCUUAUAAAUUCUCCCUUCCCAAAUAUCACCAGGCAUCUAUCACCGUUUGGCCUUUGUUUCCUUGCAAAACCAGGAUAUAUUAAAAAAAAAAA